UUGUCGAGUGACUAAUUCAAUAAAUUUUCAUAAAAUUUCUGAGUCGUGAUUUAUGAUGUAACAAUGGCGAAUGAAUUUUCACGAUAGACUCGUCUAACUUGUGACAAAUGUUUCCUGACAAAAUAUUUUUCAUCUCAUCAGGAGAAUGAGUUUUGAGACGUAGUUAACAGUUUUCUUAGUGACACCACAACCUUGAAAUUAUACUGGAUGAUUAGUGAUAAGAAAAGAUCGACGGAUUUCAUUCAGGAUUUGGCGAUACUUUAUCUAAAAUAUACGUGUCGUAUGAAGAAUAUGAAAAUGCAAAUCUCUGCGAGAAUUGACGCCUGGGAAUUUCUUCUGUAAAGAAAUAUUGAGGUGAAAUCCCACCGAUAAACAAUUGAUCUAUCGGUAACCAAAAAUGCCAGGGUGUUGUGAACGUCACAGAACCGUAUUAUGGUUUAUGGUUUGGACUAUUUGUUGUCAGUGCACAAGGGCCGAUAUUUUGGUAUUUUCGGCUGCUGCGAGACACCAAAUUGAGGAGGAGUUCAGGGACGCGCCGGCGCGAUUCGGUCCACUGAUAUCGUCGGAUGGAAUUAAGGGAGUAAUUGUUUAUGCUGAUCCACCGACUGCGUGCAGUGUCAUUGCUCCACCGCCGAAAAAUACAAGUUACAAUGGAAAUUGGAUUGCCUUGAUAGCUAGAUACAAUUGUAGCUUUGAGAUAAAAGUUCGUAUGGCGCAGGAAGCCGGUUAUGAUGCCGCUAUUAUUCACAACGUCAAUAGCAACGAGAUUGCGCCAAUGUCGGCAAAGGAUCCAAUAGGAAUAAUAAUUCCCUCAGUAUUCGUCAGUGAAAUAACUGGGCUAAUAAUUAAAGCAAAUUAUCUUUACAAUCGUCGCUACUUCGUGUUGAUCAAUGAUGACGUGCCCUUCAACAUUAAUACGCAUUUGCUGCUGCCAUUUGCAAUUGUCGUUGGUAUAUGUUUUUUAGUCAUGGUCAUUUUCAUGGUUGUGAGGUGCAUAAAAGAUAGGAGAAGACAACAUAGGCAUAGAUUGCCAAAUUCAAGUUUGAAAAAAAUACCAACGCAUAAAUACACGAAAGGUGAUCCAUAUGAAACCUGUGCUAUUUGUCUCGAUGAUUAUAUCGAGGGUGAAAAAUUACGUGUAUUACCUUGUGCUCAUGCUUAUCACACGAAAUGCAUUGAUCCCUGGCUAACGAAAAACAAACGUGUUUGUCCUGUCUGUAAACGUAAAGUGUUUGCCGCUGAUGAAAGGGUUUUGACCGACAGUGAGAGUGAUUCGGAUGAUUCAACCCCACUCAUCAGAGAUGGACAUCAAGGCACACAAGGAGGAACAUUUACCCCCCAAAGAGAGAAUCCAUUCACUCGCGCUCGACGAGCUCUCUCCCGUCGAGAUUCCAACGCAUCCAAUGCCAGCGAAGAUAUCCUUCCCUACCUGAAUCACAUCUCCGGAUGGGAGGAAAAUCAAGAACGACGUGAAUCUAACGUAUCUGAUACUUCAACGGAUUCAUUCAGAUCUCUGUUUGCAUCCGGUGCGAGUAGGUACACCCAUGAAGCAGGCACUCCUGGGACCACAGCGUUUCUAGUAUCCGACAGUCACAGCAUUAAUGGAGAGCAGACUCAUCUGCAGCAUUCAACGAGCAGUACAAAACCACAUACUGUUACCCUUUGCAAUGAUGACGUUGAGGAGUAUCCAGCUAAUGUGGUGCUUGUCACAUCUGAUCAGUGUUCAACACAGUCCAAUAACAACUCAGACUAUGAUUUGGUUGUGUAAGUUUAAGUGAAGAGGAAAAUAAUGAUAUCAUAAAGUUAUGGAGGCGCAUAGGUACUGCAUAUUCUCCAACUUAUGUGGUAUUAAUUAUCUGUCAUUUGUAUGAGGAUAAAAUACAAAGUAACCAUAAGAUCUA